CUUCGCUCCAGCUCACUGGUCGCUUCCCUCUCCUGGAGGGGACGCCCCUCUCCGGAUCCCGGACAUGCCUGGAAACCUGCAACCCUGGCCGUCCCGGCAUGCUGAGCGCCAUAUCUACGACGCCUGCCGUCCGGUAGAUCUUCGCAAACCUUUUCUUUUCAACGGCCGUCCGUCCUCCUGCUUCUGUGCUGCCAUCCGAACUUGGCUGUCCGAUGCGACUGAGUUAAACGUUCUGCCAGCCGGCCUGGCCCCGUCCACAGAUAGAACCGCCGAGUCUCACCGAACCUCUUUCUCGACCGCGACCUCUCGUCCACCGUGUCUCCUCGAGUGUCUUCGUGAAGUACGAGGACGUCACGAAUAUGGCGUUUUAUUUCCCUCGAACGUGGCGCAACCACAAUCUGGUUUACAUCUUCAUGGCUAUUGAGCUGCCUCUCACGAUCAUCAUUCUGACGUUCACCGGCAUCGCAUCUCACGACCUCUACCGCACCAAGUUGUGGCAGGAUGGCGCCGAUAAUGGCUUCAACAGCUCCCCAGACGAGGCUCUCUAUGCUGCGGCCAAUUACCGGCCAUACAAGGCACCUAUGGUGUGGAGCGACUUCAUCACCCAUUAUAACCUCGUCCUGGGCGUCCUCAGCACGUUUCUCUUGAUCGUCAAGUUCGCCACUCAUGCCCUGCACCUCUUCUUUCCGCCCGUGUCGGUGCUCAUCCACGUGGGAUUGAUCGCCGUUUACAUCGUGUCUGCAAGCGGCCAGGCAGGCAGCGAUACGUCCGAUCCCGCUCACCCCCAAUCGGGCCCGCCCUGGUACCUCACGAAAAGCUGCUCCGUGGCCAAGGACCCAGACGUGGGCGCAUACUGCAAACAAGCCAAGACACUGUUCGCAUUCACCAUCAUCAUCAUGGUGUUCUAUGCGGUGGAGUUGGGCUUCAGCGUGCACUCGUGCUUCGUCACCAAAGAGGAGAAACUCGAGCGGGACGAACGCCGCGAGGAGAAGAAGACCUGGAAGGAAUACGAGGAGAUGGCGCUCAAUUCGCCUGCCGUAAUACCCCCGAUGAGCCCGGCCUACAGCACCGGUGGCCCGAUGAGUCCCGGAUUCCCCGGCAUGCCAUCGACAACACCGCGCAGCCUGGCCUUCCACCGUUUCGACCACGAAACCGGGUCGUCAGACCUGCCGCUGCGCAACAACAGCAGCCCCCAGCGUUCCCCAUCCUCGAUGCAGCAGGAGUCGGAUGAGACCCUGAGCCCCGCCAUCCCGGUCCAGGCUCCAGGCCCGAUUUACUUUCCGCCGCCGCCGAAGAAAGCAGCCAAAAAAUGAACUUUUUUUGUUGGUGUAGUCGUGGUGACUGUCUGUAGCUGUUAGUCAACCAAUACACAUUAUCCAGCACCCUCACCGGUCAGAGUGUGGAUGCGCUUCCCCCCCCCCCUUUCCUUUGAUAUUUUAUCUUGAGCGAUUUGAUAUGAUUAUUACACUAUACCAUUCAUGGCGUCGCAACUGCCGACAGUACCUAGUUCAAUCACAAGUUCUUUCAAUCCUUCCCUUUCAUUUUCUUUUGCACACCCCACUCUUAACCCUGGCACCAAGAGGAUAAUAUCCCAUAGUCACACCAGUGAACAUGUAUAGAUAGAUCACCAAUACCUCCCUUCUAUUGACAUAAUAUUUCCUAAACAUGGUCAUGCAAUUCUAUGAGCAAUGAGAAGAGGAUCACAGAGCACGGUUAUCA